AUGUGGACUCUGUCCAUUCCUGAGCAUCUGCUAGAAGCCACCAUGUGCAAGUCCUUCGGGGCUACCCUAUCUGGACCCGCUUUACAAUGGCUGAUAAGUCUUAAGCCAGUUUGCAAGCAGCAGAGUCCUAGAGAAACACCGGCGACUUGUAUCGCAUCACCCAGAAAGCCAAUGAAGCUGUACCCAUGUGGUACAUUCGAAGAGGUCAGGGCCAGAGCUAUGGCUGAGAUACGUGUCGAGGAGGACGAGGCAUCCAGGUACGUGAGCGAGCCUAGCUACGAUCGGAAAUCCCAGAACCAGAAGAAGACUGAUUGGCGCCAUCAGCCAUAUCAGAAGCGCGAAAGUAAUAACGUAGCCAGCAAGGCCACAGGUAAACCAUCUAACAACGAUUACCCUUCCAUUGCUUCCUACUGUUUUAACGUGGAUGCAGGAGGCGUAGUAAACGCACUAGAAAAGCUGGGAACCACAGUUAGGUGGCCUCGCAAAAGCGACAGACCAGACAGCGAGAAGGACACCACCAAGUGGUGUAGCUACCAUGGCGACCAUGGCCAUCGAACAGAAGAAUGCAAUGCUCUCAAAAAAGAGGUGGCAUGGCUGCUCAAGAAGGGCUAUCUCGAGCACUUGAUGGGGAAGAAGGGGCAGCAAGAAGAUAAAGCUGGCCCCAGCCAGCAACAGCCUCAUCCGCCACCUGAGCCCCUGCACGAUAAGGUAAUUAAUUCUAUCUCUGGAGGUUCGGAAAUAUGUGGACUAACAUACUCUGCAGCCAAGAGAUUUGCUCGAGAAGGUUCCAAAAUUGCACCUAGCCCGCUGAGGAGUGCUGAAGAGAAAAAGCUCAGAAGCAUGACCAUCAGCUUCGACGAAGAAGAUGGAGACGAGGAAGCCGAUAAUCAUGACGGCCUCGUCGUAUCUCUCACCGUCAGCAAUUGCCUCAUGAAGCGAGUCUUGAUAGACAAUGGCAGCUCAGCUAAUAUCAUUUUCAAAAGUGCUCUAGAAAGCAUGGGGCUGCAGGAAGCUGAUAUCCUCAGGAAAGCAACCGUUCUGUUCGGGUUCAAUGGCGAGCCAGCUACAACGCUCGGAGAAAUCGUAUUGCCCACUUAUGCAAAAGGAGUCAACCUCCAAACCAGACUAUUAAGUUCCCUACCAAGUGGGGAGUGCAAGAAAUCAGGGGCGAUCGCAAGCUGGCUAGGGAAUGCUAUAGCAUAUCUCUAA